ACCACCACUACCACACACCACACACCACCACCACAACGCCCAGGAACCCGAAUCUAACCACAUCCACAUGUCGCGGCUCUCUUCACAACCCGCAGGUGGCAUUUGAGCAGGAACGCGUAUGAUGGCCGCCAUUCUCCGCACUCCAGAUACAUAACAAUAGUCCCCGUUCUUUUUUCCCUCAUUUCCCUCCGCCUGGGGCUCUUCAAUGCCGACAAAUUGACCCCGUUGCUUGCUGCUGUUGCCUCCCGCUCCUAAAUGCCCGCCAACAUGUCGUCCCUCAAUGGCUCCUACACGGCGACCUUGAGUCCCACGGUCGCUUCUUCCGAGACCACCGCUACAUUCCCACCACAUAUGCUCGCGAGCUCCAUCUCGUCUCUAUCCUCAUCGACCUCAGCGCGCCAUACCUCGCAAAUCUCAAAGACCUACCGCCAGGCCUCGACCCUCUUCCUCACCCGUCGUCUACCCGAGGCACUAUCCACCAUCUUGCCAUUGAUCACCCCACCCUCGGGACAGUCGGAGAACGGCGCAGGCGAACCAGCGCCCGUCGCCAGGGCAUCGCGAUCCACGAGGAUCAAGGUCUGGAGCUUGUACCUGACGACGCUCAACGCCAUCGUCGAACUGGAGCCGGACGAAGGAAAGGAUGCGUUUGGGAGCCAAGAGUGGAGAGCGCUGUGCACCAAAGUCAGGGAAGGAGACAUCUGGGAGGAGGUCGUACGCAACGGAUACCACGGCGUCGAGAGCGACGUCGAUUCGGACGUUGUGAUUAACCUCGCAACACUUUUACUAGCCCACGCCCGGACACAAGAAUUGAACCAAAGGAAGCUCGAGAGCUAUCUCGCAGCCGCCACAUCACCAAAUCUGGACUUCUCCAAGAGAUUUUCCGACUCGCCGUCGCCGUCACCACGGCUGAACCGGCAUAGGUCUCCGGCGAAGGCCACCAGUGGAGCGGAUACACCGAGGGAUCUGAAUGCUAGGGUCAAGAUCCUCGAGCUGUACACGCUUCACGUACUUAUCCGCAAUAAUGAAUGGGAUUAUGCCCGAGAGUUUAUCAGCGUCAGCUCGGUAUUAGACGAUGAGCGCCGCGAGGCGUUUUUGCAAGCUCUGCAAAGCCUGCAGGAGGAACAGCAGGAAGCCGAGAGGCGAGAGACGGAAGAGCGACGUGAACAAGAAGAGCAGCUUCGGCGUGAUAUUGAGGAGGCGAAGAAGUUGAGAGCCGAAAAUGAAGAGAGGGAACGACGGAGGUUAGAGGAGGAGAGGGCAAGAAGAGAAGGCGCCGAAGGGGACUAUGGCAUCGAAAAGACACCGAGUAAAGCAGGCUCGAGUAAGGCGGGGUCAAGCAAGGGACGCCACGCCAGGGCCGUUUCCAACACAUCAGGGUCCAACUCUAAUUCGAAAAUGCCCGUCUCUAGGGCAAAAGGGAAAUCUUCAGCUCCGCCGACCUUGGGAACGAGAGCGUCAAUGGUCAUCUCUCGGUUGCGCGAGGUGAUUGACCAGCUGGGAGCAUCAUUUAAGACGAACCCGAUGCUGCUGAUGCGGCUCGUGGCCUUUAUUUUGGGUUUGGUCGUCAUGUUUGGGCAGAAGAACGUCCGCGAACGGAUACAGCGAGUGCUUGGUAAUGGUUGGAACAAGGUCAAGGCGACCGCGGGAAUGGGAGUCAAGGUUAGCUACAUAUGAUUACGACGCGGGUACUUGGCUAGCUUUGACCUCACUGUACUAUACGAACUUGGAUGAACA